AUGGCCUCUCUUACCAUCAGCGCGCACCAGAACAACCCGAUGCGCAGACACUCCCCGUUCACCAUCGACAGCAUCCUUGGGUUAGACAGACCUGAUCAGAGAACAGUGUUUUCAGCGCCUUAUCGACCGUGGUCAGACGUGAAACCUGCAUGUCAGAACCGUCGCAUUGUUGCAGACAGUGAUGGUUUAGUUGAUGUGAGAGUAAAUGAAGAUUACAGUAAAUCAGGAGAGACAUACAGAAGAACACUGAACUGGUACAUCGGACGCAGGCCCAGGACAGCUUUCUCAAGUGUUCAGAUCAAGAUACUGGAGAGUGUAUUUCAGGUGAACUCAUACCCGGGCAUCGACAUACGUGAAGAACUAGCAGAGAAACUACGUCUGGAUGAAGACAGAAUUCAGAUUUGGUUCCAGAACAGGAGAGCGAAGCUGAAGCGUUCACACAGAGAAUCUCAGUUUCUGAUGGUGAAAAACGUCCUCGGUGAUUUACAAACCAGCAGAGAAAAGCAGUGAAUGGACUGUACAAACUCAC